AAUAGGUCGCCAUAUUGGUUCCAGAAGCGGAAACGGAACCGGUACAAUGUUUUUGGUUCUUGUGUUGUCAACGAUAAAACUUUCGCGGCUCUAACAAGUCAAAACAUUUGCCACUCGUGAUCUUCUGGAACACUGAUUGUCCUGUGUACUCACAACACAACUCUAUCUCUCUCUGUCUACCACAUGUGUUAUCCAGUUGGAGCGAUUCCAGCUCCAGUUUUGUCUGAACCUCCGUAGAGAGAACAUCGCUUGCGCUUUGUGUUAUAUUUUUAAUCCGCCCGUGACUAAAACAAUUCUCUAAACUAAAGCAUAACUGAAAUAAUCAAUUUAAAAUCAGAAGAGAUAUUUAAUUUUCCAUAAUAUUAUUAAUAAUUGGCGAUAUUUCUUUGUUAUUGAUAAGUGCGCGGUUAAUUAAAGUAAAACGGUUGCAAGUUACACGUAUUUUUGACUUUUAUGAAUCCUAUUAAAAACUAGCAGUGACUGGUGAUCAAGCAGUAAAUGUGAAGUGAACCUCGUGGCACCUUCUCCUUUCGUUUUGUGUGAUAGCCUUCACCCUUUUGUUUUUCUUUGAGAUGUACUAUUUUAUUGAAGAUAUUUUUGAACAUAAAAACAGAUGAAAUAGUUGGUGGGAAAUUGGAGGUUGAAGGAAACCGGGAUAUCAUCUCCGCGCGAUUAAUUUUCGACUUUUCAAGCGACUUGAAGUUCGCUGGAGGAGUCAAUUCUGCGCGCACCUAUGAUGAUUUCUGCACACGGUUAAGAAACAGACGAGAAGAGUAAUUAGAAGGAUAUCAAAUUUCAAAAAAAAAGGAUCAACAUGGGGGAAAUUCUAGGAUCAGCGAGUUUUCUUCAUCUCGGCGAUAUUGUCAGCUUGUACGCCGAGGGAAAUGUUUCCGGAUUUCUUUCCACACUCGGAUUAGUAGAUGAUAGAUGCGUUGUGUGUCCAGAAGCUGGAGAUUUAUCAAAUCCUCCGAAAAAAUUCCGAGAUUGUCUUUUCAAAAUAUGUCCUAUGAAUCGAUAUUCCGCCCAAAAACAAUUUUGGAAAGCCGCAAAACAAAGUGCAAGCUCAAGUACAGACGCUGUUUUAUUAAAAAGACUUCACCAUGCAGCCGAAAUUGAAAAAAAGCAGAAUGAAAGUGAAAACAAAAAACUUUUGGGCACUGUUGUCUCUUAUGGAAAUGUUGUUCAAUUACUUCAUCUGAAAUCGAACAAAUUUUUGACGGUGAAUAAACGAUUACCAGCGCUAUUGGAGAAAAAUGCAAUGCGCGUUUAUUUGGACGCAAAUGGCAAUGAGGGUUCCUGGCUGUAUAUUAUGCCAUUUUAUAAACUUCGAAGCGAUGGCGAUAGCGUUGUUGUGGGUGAUAAAGUAAUUAUGGAACCUGUGAACGCUGGUCGUCAGGGUUUACAUGUUGCAGCAAAUUAUGAAUUGAGCGACAAUCCAGGUUGUAAAGAAGUAAAUGUCGUUAAUUCAUCAACAUCAUGGAAAGUCACAUUAUUUAUGGAACAUCGUGAAAAUCAAGAGGAAAUUUUAAAAGGCGGCGAUGUUGUACGUUUAUUUCACGCUGAGCAAGAGAAAUUUCUCACUAUGGAUGAAUAUAAGAAAAAGCAACAUGUUUUUCUUCGAACAACUGGUAGAACAUCGGCCACUGCCGCAACAAGCAGUAAAGCUCUUUGGGAAGUCGAGGUGGUUCAACACGAUCCAUGUCGAGGUGGUGCGGGUCAUUGGAAUUCAUUAUUUAGGUUCAAACAUUUAGCAACGGGUCAGUAUCUCGCGGCGGAAAUUGAUACGGACGAACCUGUUGAAACUACAAAAGGAAAAAGAGAUCCUGGGCCAGUGUUCAGAUUAGUUUCAGUACCACACAGCAAUGAAAUUAGUUCUCUGUUCGAAUUAGACCCCACGACUUUAACAAGGGGUGAUAGUUUAGUGCCUCAGUCAUCAUUUGUAAGACUGCAUCACAUUUGUACAAAUACUUGGGUACAUUCGACGAGUGUACCGAUAGAUAAAGACGAUGAGAAGCCCGUAAUGUCCAAGGUGGGUUGUGCGAUGAGUAAAGAGGACAAGGAGGCAUUUGCACUGAGAUCAGUAUCUCCGGUUGAAGUUCGCGAUUUAGAUUUUGCGAAUGACGCAUGUAAAGUGUUGGCGUCAAUUAGUAGUAAAUUAGAGAAGGGAACAAUUUCGCACAAUGAAAGGCGAUCAGUGACAAGUUUGUUGCAGGACAUUGUUUAUUUUAUAGCCGGAUUAGAAAAUGAGCAAAAUAAGUCUGAAGCUCUUGAUCUAACUGUCACGAAUACAGUCAGAGAUAGACAAAAAUUAUUACGUGAACAAUACAUUCUUGGACAGUUAUUUAAAAUUCUCCAGGCGCCAUUUCUAGAAUCUGCGGAAGGUGAGGGACCAUUUCUUAGAAUAGAAGAACUCAAUGAUCCAAGACAUGCUCCGUAUAAAUAUAUGUUUCGAUUAUGUUAUCGUAUACUCAGGCUCUCACAGCAGGAUUAUCGGAAAAAUCAGGAGUACAUUGCAAAGCAUUUUGCCUUUAUGCAAAAACAAAUUGGCUACGACAUUCUGGCGGAAGACACAAUAACGGCUUUACUGCAUAAUAAUCGGAAACUAUUGGAAAAGCAUAUAACAGCCGCUGAGAUUGAGACAUUCGUUGGUCUCGUGAGGAAAAAUAUGUAUAAUUGGGAAUCAAGAUUUUUAGAUUACUUAUCUGAUUUAUGUAUCUCCAACAAGAAGGCCAUUGCAGUUACCCAAGAAUUGAUCUGCAAAAGUGUUCUUAGCGAAAAGAAUAAAGACAUUUUAAUAGAGACUAGGAUGGUCAAAACCCCGGUGGAAGUCGUGGACAUUGAUGAGAGGCAAGAAAACGAGGAACCACAGAUAUCCAUAAUCGAGGAACUUGAUGUUAUGCUCGUUUGGAAUAAUGGAACGAAAACAUUGUCUUUGAGUGAAUUGUCACGUGGCGCAAAAUUGGGAAAUAUUGAAGACGCAGCAAUAUUGGAUUAUUAUAGGCAUCAAUUGAAUUUAUUUAGCAAUAUGUGUCUCAAUAGACAAUAUUUGGCGCUGAAUAAUCUCUCGCCCCAUUUAGAUAUUGAUUUAAUACUCAAAUGCAUGGAAGAUGAAACUGUUUCAUAUGAAUUGCGAGCUUCUUUUUGUCGAUUAAUGCUUCAUUUACAUGUGGAUAGAGAUCCACAGGAACAAGUUACACCAGUGAAAUACGCACGUCUUUGGUCUGAGAUACCAUCGAAAAUGAGCAUUAAUGAUUACGAUACAAAUAAAAUGCCUGAUGAAAAUAAAGAAGCAGUAAGGGCAAAAUUCAGUUCAACAAUAAUGUUUGUUGAAGAUUAUUUAUGCAAUGUUGUGGCAAAAGUUUGGUCGUUCGCUGAUCAAGAACAAAAUAAACUUACGUUUGAGGUCGUUAAACUUGCCCGCGAUCUAAUUUACUUUGGAUUCUAUGGCUUCAGCGAUUUGCUUACUCUGACGAAAACCCUCCUAAAUAUUCUCGAUUGCGUGUCUGAAAACGAUUGCUCAAAUGGAAAAAUCCCCACUGGAGAAAUUGAUUCCGAAAGCGUGGAAUCUGAGGAAACAGCCGAAGGCGGUGUUUUGAGAUGCAUUGGCGACAUGGGAGCAGUAAUGACAAAUUUAACAUUGGGACCAGCGGGUCAAGUUCUCGCAGGUAGUUCCUCACAAAAACCAAAUCCAUCGGCAAAAAAAGAAUAUCCCCUUGUGAUGGACACAAAAUUGAAAAUAAUUGAAAUUUUACAAUUUAUACUUGAUGUAAGAUUGGAUUUUCGAAUAUCUUGUCUGUUGAGUAUUUUCAAACAAGAAUUCGACGAAACGGAAAAAGCUGCCGGUGAUGUUAAUCUUGGUCAAAAGGGUAUUGAUUUAGAAUUAAUUGGCACACAAGCAGAAGGCAUUUUUGGGAGUAGUGAGGAAUGUGUCGCCUUGGAUUUAGACGGUCAAGGUGGAAAGACAUUUUUGAGGGUUUUGCUUCAUUUGGCAAUGCACGAUUAUCCACCUCUUGUUUCCGGUGCUUUGCAUCUUCUUUUUCGUCAUUUCAGCCAAAGACAAGAAGUGUUACAAGCCUUCAAGCAGGUACAACUUUUAGUUUCGGACAGUGAUGUUGAAUCUUAUAAGCAAAUAAAAGCAGAUCUCGAUGUUUUGCGGCAAUCUGUAGAAAAAUCGGAACUAUGGGUUUAUAAAUCGAGAGCAACAGAAGAACAUGAAGCGAAGAAAAAAAAGAGUAAGAAAGAAGAAGACGAAGGCACUGCUCCGAGGAAGACACCACCUCAAUUAUCAUCUCUGGAGAAAAAAGGAUCGGCAAUUGAUUUGGAUAUUGGUCCACCGUUGCACGCCGAUCAAGCUGAGGAAUAUAAAAAAAUUCAACGAAUUUUAAUGAGAAUGAAUAAACUUUGUAUUCAAACAUUGCCAAGCGGUCAAGUGAUACCACGAAAGCAUGAGCAACGACUUUUGAGAAAUGUUGGUGUUCAUAUAAUUGUAUUAGAUUUAUUACAAGUGCCAUUCGAUGCUAAAGAAGAUGUACGAAUGAAUGAAUUAAUGCGAUUGGCACAUGAUUUUUUGCAAAAUUUCUGCUUGGGAAAUCAACAAAAUCAAGUUUUAUUGCACAAACAAUUGGAUUUAUUUUUAAAUCCAGGAAUACGUGAGGCACAAACUGUUUGCAGUAUUUUUCAGGAUAAUUCAACACUUUGCAAUGAAGUUAAUCCAAAAGUUAUACAACAUUUUGUUCAUUGCAUUGAAACACAUGGAAAACAUGUUCAAUAUUUGAAAUUUCUUCAAACUAUUGUAAAGGCGGAGAAUCAAUUUAUUCGAAAAUGUCAGGAAUUGGUUAUGCAAGAGAUGGUUCAAUCUGGAGAGGAUGUUUUGGUUUUUUACAAUGAUCGAGCGUCAUUCAGUCAGUUUGUCGAGAUGAUGAGAUCGGAGAGACACAGAACGGAGGAAAGUAGUCCAUUGCGAUAUCAUGUUGAACUUGUGAAAUUAUUGGCUUGCUGCACAAUGGGAAAGAAUGUCAAUACCGAAAUUAAAUGCCAUAGUCUUUUGCCAUUAGACGAUAUUGUUGCCAUGGUUUCUCAUCCGGAUUGCACUCCAGAGGUAAAGGAGGCUUACAUCAAUUUCCUGAAUCACUGCUAUAUUGACACAGAAGUAGAAAUGAAGGAAAUUUACACGUCAAAUCACAUGUGGUCAUUGUUUGAAAAAUCAUUUAUUGUCGACAUGGGUCUAAUAGCGAAUGCAACACAUGAUCGAAGUCAUGCCGAUACUGUUCUUGAAAAUUAUGUGACAAAUUGUUUGAUGAAUAUUAUCACAACUUUUUUCAGCAGUCCUUUCUCUGAUCAAAGUACAACAGUUCAGAAACACCUGCACGAAGCAAGGCUAUACUGGAAUCUAAAGGAGUGUGACCGCACCAGUAAUAAUAAUUGCGAAGAUAGUACUCGACAGCCAAUAUUCGUCCAGUUAUUGCAUGCUGCGUUCAAAGUUUCUCAAUGUACGUGGCUCAGUGCAGGACAACGCUUCAGUGUAGAAAAUUGCAUAAGAACAUUGUCCGAUGUCGCCAAGUCGAGAGGAAUUGCAAUUCCAACGGAUUUGGAAAGUCAAGUCGCUUCGAUGUUUAACAAAGCUGCAAUGCUUAGUAGACAAACAAGUAAAUGGCUUCAGGCUGCAAAACAACCAAAAGUCGAACGUACUCACAGUCAAGUGAGAUUUAAUUUUAAAAAUCAAAUUUUUUCAAUCAUUAUUAUUAUUAAUACUCAAAAAGUAUUAUCUUUUCAGCUAAUGAGAUUAGAUCGCAGUAUCAUUGAAGGACUACAGGAUAUUGUUUCUCUAUUGGAAGAACAAUUGAAGCCUUUGGUACAAUCUGAAUUGUCUCUGCUUGUUGAUAUUCUUUACAGACCAGAAUUACUAUUUCCAACAGCAACGGAAGCAAGAAGAAAAUGUGAAAAUGGAGGUUUCAUUCAUCGAUUAAUAAAACACACGGAGAAAUUGUUAGAAGUUAAGGAGGAAAAAUUGUGUGUCAAAGUUUUGAGAACUUUACGGGAAAUGAUGGCAAUUGAUCCUGAAUAUGGAGAAAAGAUUCAGGAUAAUGCUGAAAAAAUUGAAACUCCAAAGGAAAUUGAAUCCGAAAUCCCACCGGGUUCAUUGCAACAGAUUGAAAAUCAUCGAUUGACACAACAACAGCGGGGUGAUGUGCUGAGAAAUAAUCUACUUAGCAGAUAUUUUGGCAAAGCAUUUACUCAAAAACCAGAUAAUAUGGAAAUUAAAAAUGCCUGUACGGUAUCAGUGACUCAUGGACCUGGAGCAAAAAUUCUGAGUAGAGCUGGUAGAACGUUACACGAGGUACAAAGUCAUUUGGAUCGUGAAGGAGCAUCGGAUCUACUUGUGGAAUUAGUGAUAAGAAGUGUUCAUUCACCGAGUAUAUUCGUUGAAGUUGUUGAAUUGGGAAUUGCACUAUUAGAGGGAGGUAAUCCAAUUAUUCAAAAGAGCAUUUUUUCCAAAUUAAUGGCACUGGACUUGAGUCAAUCAUUUUUCAAGGUGUUUUAUGACAAAAUGAAGGAUUCACAACAAGAAAUCAAGUCAACAGUAACAGUUAACACUUCGGAUUUAGCGGCAAAGGCUCAUGAAGACAAGGAACAGAGUAAGGAACUAGAAAAAAUAUCGCGAAAGCCAGGAAAACCGAAUGGAAUUGUGAUAACUGAUGAAUUGCGGGAAGAAUUGAAUCAAGCCGCAGCAUCAACGGUCCAGGCUUAUGCAUCGAUAAGAAAUUCAAUGCCAGGCGAAGAUGCAUCGAACAAUGCAGCACUCGGCUGUGCUUUAGAGGAUAUGCUUGUGGAAAAAUUGGAAAAACAUACAGGCGCUGGAGUUGAGAAAGACGAAACCCAAUUGAGUACAAAAGUUUUGGUUAUGCAACCAAUUCUUCGAUUUCUUCAACUUCUAUGCGAGAAUCAUAAUCGUGAACUACAAAACUUUCUGCGUAAUCAGAAUAAUAAAACAAAUUUCAAUCUUGUCUCGGAGUCACUUAUGUUUUUGGAUUGUAUUUGUGGUUCAACAACUGGUGGAUUGGGUCUUUUAGGAUUGUACAUAAAUGAGCACAAUGUCGCGUUAAUUAAUCAAACAUUGGAGACAUUAACGGAAUAUUGUCAGGGACCAUGUCAUGACAAUCAAAAUUGCAUAGCCACUCAUGAAUCAAAUGGUUUAGAUAUAAUAACAGCAUUGAUUUUAAAUGAUAUCAAUCCAUUGGGUAAAACACGAAUGGAUCUUGUUUUGGAAUUGAAAAAUAAUGCAAGUAAACUAUUACUCGCAAUAAUGGAGAGUCGUGGCGAUAGUGAAAAUGCGGAGAGAAUAUUGUAUAAUAUGAAUCCAAAGCAACUUGUCGAUGUUGCAUGCACGGCUUUUCAUCAGGAAUCAUUGGAUGACGAUGCUGAUGUUGAUGAUUCUUCUUCUGAUAAUGAGGAUGGUGUUUCUCCCAAAGAGGUGGGACACAAUAUUUAUAUUCUUUGUCAUCAAUUAGCACAACAUAAUAAAGAAUUAGCAGCUUUAUUAAAACCCUCCGAACAAAGUAAUAUGGAUCCGAAAACUAAUAAGGCACUUCAGUAUUAUGCCUCUCACACUGCUCAAAUUGAGAUUGUCAGGCACGAUCGAACUUUGGAACAAAUUGUCUUUCCCAUACCGGAAAUUUGUGAACUUAUAACACUUGAUACGAAAAUUCGUGUUUUAAAUACAGCUGAGAGAGAUGAUCAAGGCUCAAAAGUCUCUGAAUUUUUUGAAAGAACAGAAGAUAUGUUUAAUGAAAUGAAAUGGCAAAAAAAACUCAGAGUAAUUUGUUUUUUAGGGCAACCAAUGCUUUUUUGGAUGAGCAGUUACAUGUCUCUUUGGAGUAAUAUUCUCUUUAAUUGUGCCGUACUAAUUAAUCUUAUUGUUGCGUUUUUCUAUCCAUUUGUCGAUUCUGUUCCCAAACUUAGUUCACAUUUUUCGGGACUCAUUUGGACAGUUAUGCUUUCAUCAGGAGUUAUUGUUGUCACUCUACCAAGAGAAUCCGGCAUACGUACAUUAGUUGCUUCGACUAUUUUAAGAUUGAUAUUUUCUUUGGGACCAGAACCAACUCUUUGGUUACUUGGUUUCUUAACAGUUGUUUUAAAAAUAGUUCAUCUCAUUAGUAUUAUAGGAAAUCAAGGAACGUUGACUAAAAAUAUCGAGCAUAUUAUAACAGACGUCGAAUUACUCUAUCAUUUAUCAUAUCUGAUAUUUUGUGUCCUUGGAAUAUUUCUGCAUCCAUUUUUCUACUCUGUCUUGCUCUUUGAUGUUAUUUACCGGGAGGAAACUUUGCUCAAUGUGAUAAGAUCGGUAACGAGAAAUGGAAGAUCAAUCAUUUUAACAGCAGUUCUUGCACUGAUUCUAGUUUACAUGUUUUCAAUUAUUGGAUUUAUGUUCUUUAAAGAUGAUUUCUUAGUCAGUGUUGAUGAGGAAAUAAUCUCACCAGAGAAAAUUGCAGUAACUGGCACAUGCAGUAAAGAAAAUACAGAAAGCUGUGAAACCACUGAAACAAUUUCUCGAUCCGUUCAAGAAAAUGAACGGGAUUCAGAAUUAAUUAACGUUGGAGGUGAAUCGAAAGAACGAGCUUGCGAUUCUCUUGUUAUGUGUAUCGUUACAACUUUAAAUCAAGGACUUCGUAAUGGUGGAGGAAUUGGCGAUAUUUUGCGAGCACCUUCAAGUACAGAACCAUUAUUUGUUGCAAGAGUCGUUUACGAUUUACUCUUCUUCUUCAUAGUGAUAAUUAUUGUUCUCAAUUUGAUUUUUGGUGUUAUCAUUGAUACAUUUGCGGAUCUCAGAUCAGAAAAGCAGCAGAAGGAACUUAUUUUAAAAAAUACAUGUUUCAUAUGCGGUUUAAAUAGAUCAGCAUUCGACAAUAAAACAGUGUCGUUUGAAGAGCACGUGAAACAUGAGCAUAAUAUGUGGCAUUAUCUUUAUUUCAUUGUUCUCGUUAAAGUUAAAGAUCCGACUGAAUUCACAGGACCGGAAUCAUAUGUUUAUGCAAUGGUUAAGGAUCGAAAUCUCGAUUGGUUUCCAAGGCUGAGGGCUAAAUCAUUAGCAGCCGAUGAAGGCGAAGGCGAACAAGUUGAACUUCGAAGUUUACAAUCACAAUUAGAAAGCACGCAACAAUUAGUUAAAUGUCUAUCACAACAACUCACUGAACUUCGCGACCAGAUGACGGAGCAGCGAAAACAAAAACAACGAUUGGGACUUUUAAAUUCAGCGUCAGCAUAUCUGCACAAUAUGUCUUCAUAAAUUUAAUUCACUAAUUAUUGUCGUCGUGUUUUCCUUAAAACCUUGACAAUGACCUUUUAAUAUCUGAAGAAUAAAUAAGCAUUUAAUAAUGUAAAAUCCAUAUCGAAAGUUAAAUACGUGUGUAAUAGAUUUGUACGGUCUUGUUCCUAGCAAAUGGAAAAUAGUAUAUAGAAUGUUGUAAUACGUAUUUGUUAUUGUUCUAUUAUUAAUUAAAAAAAAAAUCAUUGUUAAUGAUUAUAAAAAUAUUACUGUGAAAGAGACACAGUGAUUUAUGUAACUUGCUCUAUGAGUUUAAGAAAAUUCGUUGUUACUCUUAUGUUUAAUAAAAAAAAAAUUAUCCAUUUUUCAAUAAA